UCGGUACUCUCUCACAGUAUAACUAAAUUUACGGUAGGAGAAGGUUGUGUUGAAGUUAGUCUAUUAUCCAUCGGUUAUUGAAAUUCGUUAUAAGAUAUAAAAAUGUCUUCUGAAGAUGAAAAUGACGAAUUAACAGAUUUAGAAAAAAUACGUGAUCGAAUGUUAAGUCAACCGCGUUGUGAUCGUAUGCAAGUUAGUGCUUGGGAAGACGACGAUGACGGAGUAGAAGCUGAGCGUAAUGCGAAAGAGCCGGAUGAAAUAGCGAUUCUAGGUGCUGCUGAAAAUGGUGAUAUAGAAAAAAUUAGAAAAUUAUUGAUUAAAGAUCCUAACUUAUUGGAAUGCACGGAUAAAGAUGGAUAUACGCCUCUUCAUAGAGCAUGUUAUGGAAAUCACGUGGAAAUUGUUGAGUAUUUGCUUAAAAUGGGCGCGAGAAUAGAUACAAAGACUAUGGAUGAAUGGCAACCGUUACAUUCUGCUUGUUGUUGGAAUAACGUAGAAUGUGCUGCCAUUCUAAUUGCUAAUGGAGCCGAUGUAAAUGCAAAAAGUAAAGGAGAUCAAACUCCUUUACAUUUAGUAUCAGCAAGUUCUCAUAAUUCUCCUGCUUUACAACUUCUUCUUUUAAAUCCUGAUGUAGAUCACUUGAUAAUAAAUUCAAGUGGAGAUACACCCGAGCAAGUUGCUAAAAGAACUGGUAAAUAUUAUCCGAUGUUUGAAAUAAUUGAACCUUGUUUAAAUGAAAUUUGAAAUGAAUUUAUAUAUAAUACUUAUAUCAUUAUAAAUUUAUUAAGUAUUUAUGUACACAUGUAUAAAAUUCAUAACUAUAAAUAUUAAUAUAAAUGCUACGAUUUCGUAUUUAUAAAUAUAAAUUAUUUUAACAAUGAAAAAGAAUGAUAUAUAAAUCCUAAUUCUUUAACUUCUAAUUUGUUAUGAUUUUUUACUUUUUGUACAUACACUAUAACUUUUGAUAAUUACAUUUCUAAUCAUCAGUAAAGCAAUACAUUAAAUGCUAAUAGAUUAAUUAUAUAAUAAUAUCAACAUGAAUAUGCAUUCAUAAAUGAAUAAAAAGAUACAUAUUUUUUUUUCUAAUCAGUAUAAACGUAUAAAAAUAUAUUUCGUAAUUAUUUGUUUAUCACUAAAAUUAUUGAGUAUCAUUUAUAAAAUGCUUUGUGGAAUAAUACUUCAGUAUAUUGUUCAUUCUCUUCAAAUGUCUUUGAUUAUAUGUGAGAUAUAACAAUAUUAAAAACAGAUGAAUGUUUUAAAAUGCACGAUAUUCUGUCAUACUGUAAAUAAUACACCUGAAAUACUUUGCAAUAUUGAAUAAUCGUUAAUUAUAGGCACUUGAAAUUUUUACGUUAAUAAUGAAAUUCACGAUAAAAUAACAUCAGUUACAUGUACUAUUAAAAGUAGAAAAUUUGUUUGGAAAAUUACAUUUAUAUAUAUAUAUAUUUUUUUUACUUAUUUCAAAGUGAUGUUAAAUUUACAAAUUUCGGAGUUCCAUUGCUUAAGCGUUUUGAACCUUCCCAUAUUAAAACUGUACUAUCUUCUGUAGCUGCAUAUAAAUGGUGCUGGUCCAAAGCCCAAGCUAUGGCAAUUAUAGCUCCACAUCCUUUCGCAGUAUUUACGAUUUCUCGAACUAAUCGUAAAUCCCAACUGCUCCAUAAUCUAAACAUAUAAAUGUAUGAACCAUUUUUCUAAGCUAUAAGUAAUUUAAUUAUAAAAUAUAUAAAUGUAAUAUACCUUAUUACUCCAUUAUCUAAUCCGGUUGCAAUGACAUUGACAGAAACUCCUUCAGGUGCAUUACUGUAACACAGAGCUGUUAUUCGAGAUUUAGAUAAAACAGAGCCUACACUUCUAGCAUUUAUAGUAUAAACUCGUAAUUCAGAUUGAACUGCCAAGUCCUUUUUGUCAGCCUUAUUAAAUAUUUCAUAUGUUACUGCUAUAUCUCCCAGCGUUUCACUGAUGGAUAAUAGAUGGAUGGAAUAUUUGUAAUCACAGACAAUUGAUCUUAUAUACGAUAAGCUGUAAUAAUAUAUAACUUAAUUAUUCUACUGUUAUUAAAUUCCUUUUUCUA